AAUUGUCGAAUUUUAACAUGUUAUUCGCUGCCCUGUAUUUUCUCCUGUAUCUUUGCUGUUUAAUAUUUGGAGCCUAUUGUGUAUCUGAAGGAGGUGAUAUUCUCGGAUCAAUCUAUGAUGCCUCUAUCAUUGGUGGUAUUGUUAUUUCCACCUUGAAUACAUUACCAGAGACUAUUUUCUUCAUCACUGCUCUCUCCUCCAAUCAACCAACCUUUGCUUUGGGUGCUAUUAGUGGUAGUGUCAUUGUUGUGUGCACCAUUGCUGUUGGAUUGUGUAUUAUUAUAGGAUCAAAGGCUAAGGAAGCUAAAUCUAUGAAACGAUCAUCGGUUUCCUUGACUGAGAGUGCAUCAAACUCUUCUCAUAGUCAACAACACCAACAUCAACAUCAACACGGAAGAAUUAAUUUAUUUUCCAAAGUUAAACAACAAGCUAGAUUUUUGAGUUAUAGUUUAGUCUUUGUAAUUUCAACUCUUUUAUUCGGAUUCCAAACAUGGAUUGGUAUCGGAGGAUGUAUAUCAUUUGCUGCUUUUAUUCUCUUUACUUUAUUCAACAAAUCUCAAGAUGGAAAAACAGCUCCUGAACAUCAUUUGAGCGAAUCCAGUGAUGAAGAGGAAGAAGAGCAUGAACCUGCUUGGAAGGGUGGUCUCUAUUUAGCCCUCGGAGGAGCAAUGAUCUAUCUCUUCUCUGAUCCAUUCAUUCAAAGUGUUGUUGUCAUUGGUGAAUCAUUGAAUAUUACACCAUUGACUCUUGCAUUCUUCUUUGCUCCAAUUGCUAGUGAAGCACCUGAGAUUUUGGAAAGUAUUUCGUUAUCUAGACAAGGAAAGACUCAAAAUAUUAAUAUUGCUUUCAGUAAUCUUGUUGGUGGUACAAUCUCAAAGACUACUUUAUUGACAGGUAUUUUAAGUUUGUAUGGUGUUCAAAGAGGAUUUGAAUGGAUUAGUCCAGCCUACACUGUCAGUACCUUGUUAUUAUUGAUUUGUGCUGCUUCUGUUGCUUCAUUUGGUUAUUCUGCCAACCAUACAGCAACAAGUGGUUAUGCAUUGAUUGCUCUUUUCAUUGCUAGUGGAUGUGUUCAAUUUUUCACUGCUUUAGCAUAUGGAACAACUGCUGUUAUUGUUCCUCCAGUCGAGUAAAUUUUGAAAAACAAAUUCUAAUAUAUUACAAUUAUUUAUUAU